CGAAUUAGCGUGCGCGCGCAACAGCAUCCACCACCAGCGGCAAGGGCGGCCACAACAAAAUUAGGUUUGGCACUUUCUUGACUACCAACAGCCGUGUUCAUUUAUCGUCGCGAAGUCAUGGCACCUUGUCACAUUCUGGAGCUUAGUCUGAAGGAGCAGCGUCGCUUCAUCGAAUCCUUUGAUAUGAUGAUCAGCGACUGCGAUGGCGUUGUCUGGUUGCUGGCUGGUUGGAUACCUGGAGCUGGGGAUGCAGUCAAUGCCUUAAGAAGAGCCGGCAAAACCAUUAAGUUUGUGUCGAAUAACAGUUUUCGCACCGAUGAGCAGUAUUCAGAAAAGUUCAAAAAAAUUGGCGCCCGUGGAGUGAACAUAGAGGAUGAUGUUGUGCAUCCUGUCAAGACAAUUGUGCGGUAUCUGAAAACCCACAAGCCCGGUCAGCGUGUCUUCUCUCUGAUGUCACUGGAGGCGAAUGAGACGUUGCGUAAGCAGGGCGUUGAGUACGAAUCGCUGCAAAUCAAGGAGCAUCUUACUUCAGCCACGCUGGUGGAGCAUUUAACAAUUAGCAAGCCGGUGGGUGCAGUUCUCUUCGACAUACAUCUUGAUUUAUCGUAUGUGGAGUUGGCCAAAGCUAUACGCCAUUUACAACUGUCGGAUGACUGUGAACUCAUUGCUGGGGGCAGCGAUGUGACUAUGCCGCUGUCUGAAAACUUCAAUGUGGCUGGAUUCUAUGAUUUUUUGCAGCAUGUGAGUCGUUAUUCAAAUCGGGAGCCAACGCUCCUCGGCAAGCCAUCGCAUAUUUUGGGGGACAUGUUGAAAGAGAUGUUUAACAUCAAGAAUUCGGAGCGUUGCGUCUUUGUGGGCGAUAUGCUGGUGCAGGAUAUUCAGUUUGGCAAAUCGUGCGGCUUUCAGUCGUUGCUGGUACUUUCAGGUGGCACGACAAAACAGGAUAUGUUAAAAGCACCGCCAGAGGCUCAGCCGGACUAUUAUGCGGACAGUUUGGCUGAUUUAGUGCAGCUUUUGCAAAACAUGGAAAAUGGAUCAGCUUGAAAAUGUACCCGUUUUAUUUGUAGUCGUUGAAUUUGUUGUGGAUUUAAUCCAAUAUAAACGUUAAAAAAAAUAUGAAAACCACAA